UCUAUAUAAGAGUGUGUGAAGGAGAAGUUGUUGCUGCACAUUUCUGAGGGAAGAAGUUAGGCAUGGCUAUGUUUCCUGCUAAUGGAAUUCUCCAGAGCGAAGCUCUAAAGAAGUACAUUUAUGAAACUAGUGGAUAUCCAAGAGAACACAAGGAACUCAAGAAUUUACGAGAAGCUACAGCAAAGAAAUAUGGCGACAAGAUUUUGAUGUCUGUUCCAGUUGAUGAAGGGCAAUUCUUAUCAUUGCUUGUGAAGAUUAUGAACGCCAAGAAAACAUUAGAGAUUGGUGUUUUUACAGGCUAUUCUCUCCUUUCCACUGCAAUUGCCUUGCCUGAUGAUGGCCAGGUAACAGCGAUAGACAUGGAUCAAGAAGCUUAUGAAGUUGGAUUACCAUUCAUUCGACAGGCAGGAGUAGAACACAAAAUCAACUUCAUCAAAUCAGAUGCUAAUUCAGUGUUGAGAGACAUGUUGAACAAUCAGAAGGACAAGCAAAUAGCAGAAUUUGACUUGGCAUUUGUGGAUGCUGACAAAUCCAGCUACAAGCGAUACCAUGAACAAUUGCUGAAACUAGUUAAGGUUGGAGGCAUAAUAGCUUACGAUAACACCUUAUGGUAUGGCUUUGUUGCUCAAAAAGAAGAUGCAUUGCCAGAGAAUCUAAGAGAUGUAACAAAGGCCAUUAAAGAACUCAACCAUUAUCUAGCUAGUGAUCCUCGGGUGGAUAUCUCACAGGUUUCCAUUGGUGAUGGUGUUACCUUAUGCAGGCGGCUCUAUUGAAAAAUAAUCUGUAUUAGUAUUAUUACAGUAUUGCUACCAUAUCAUGGACAAUUACCCAACAAUUUCCGUUUUCUUUCUUUUAUUUCAAUGCUAUAUUGUGAUGAUUAUUCUGUUGA